AUCAGACUUAUAAAUCCGUAUUUACUCUAAAAGCCAAUGCGUUUCUCAGCUUUCAAAAUCACAGCCACCGCCAUAUCCAUAGUCAUAGCCAUAGUCAUGCGCUAUGUUGUUCAGAAUCAAAUUAAGCCCGAGCGCGUGGCUACCAUCAUGCUAUCAUGGCACUCUCUUGAAUUAGUCUCGUGUAGGAAAAUGCAAACAUUAUGGGCAGGGUACGGAUACAUCUACGAGGUCAAAGCUCGAGCUAUUAGUGAAGAAGCUGCAGCCGAACUUCGUAGGAUAUGCGGUCCUAAUAUUCCUAAUACUAAGAAGAGCGAAGAAGUAUUUCCUCUAAUCCUAAAAUACAUCGCGCCCCCGCAGGAAAAUCCGGAUUUCGAAGAUGAAGGCCAUUUACGAAAACUAAUGAGCUAUGGAGUUGAGCAAUACUUUUACAGCUCCGUCGCCCCGUUAUUAGAGGAGGGCACCGCCGUGGCUCACUGUGUUACUACGACACUAGAGUCUCAUGGGAAACCUGGCGCUGAGAUGCUCCAAGGUCUAACAGCAACAAUCAUGUCUGACCUAAGACCUAAAUUUCCUAUUGCCGGAGAGAAAAGGUCAGAACUCAAUGAGAAGCAGGUCUAUGCUGCAAUAGAUUGGCUCUCUAGUUUUCACGGAGCUAGUCGGAAAUUAGUGCCCGGAAAUCUGCGAGAAUACUUGUACCCUCCUCUCAAAGAAGCCGAGAGACGACGGAAUGGGGAUGACUCCGGGAAGAAGUUGUGGCUUAAUGGAGGGUAUACAUAUCUUGCCACUCGCCGUGCAGAAUAUGCUACCCUUGCCGAAGAAGACUCGGAGUGGUCUACGCUUUGCGUGCCAGUCACUCCGGGCGGACAGUCCAUCUCCGAGAUGGUGGCCAACUUUCUAACUCCACGUGGCCGAGAGUAUGAAACCAUCAUCCAUGGAGACGUCAAAUCCGAGAAUUUAUUUACGACUGAGCCCGGUCACAAGGUUGCAUUGUUCGAUUUUCAAUAUGUCGGUCUCGGGUUAGGUGCCUGCGAUCUAGCUAAAUUAUUUACUUGUUCAGUUCCACUAGAACUACUUAUAGACGAGAGUAAUAUCCCCCACAAGCUCCCGAUGGGUAAGGGCGAGGAAACGCUCCUUGCAUAUUAUCAUUCGAGAUUAACCAAUGACUUCAAAGACGCUGAAGGAAGAAAGCAGGAAUACGACUGGAGUCUAUUCGUUCGGCAUUGGGAGACUGCACUAGUUGAUUGGCUGAGAUUCCAGGCUUCGUGGGGUUUCUGGGGCAACACGGAAUGGCUCGAGGCCAGAGUUCGAUCUAUUCUGAAGGAUCAACAGUGGAGAGAUUGGCUUCAAGAGAGCCUGGACUUGGGACCUGAGUAGACAUUUACGUUGUCAAUGCUAACUAGAAGAAACGCUUUAUCCUAUGAGAUGAGAUAGGUAAUCAUGGAGGCUGGACUAGAUUAUUUCCGAGUGGAGUAAAUGAAUAUAACAAUGCGUUGUCUAUUGUUUUCGUAAGCUAAUAUUAGUAUUCAAGUUGGAGGCUCCCGGACGGGACGGGACGCUACGUUGGGAGCAGCUAUUUCAUAUUUAGCCGAGAAGAUUUAUGCGUGAGCGGCUUGACCUAGAACGUCGCGGCGUU